AUGGAAAUGGUGAUGGUGAAGAAUGAAGAAAACCCUGGAAGGCGCCGCAUGUGCAUGGUGGAUGGAAAGGCGCCAGAAGGACAGUGUGUCAAGAGACGAAGAAGAGAUACUGCAGCAAGUACACUCAGCUGUGAUAAUCAACAAGGACAGCAACAACCACCACCUCAAGAAGUUGAUCAGUUUUCUGCUCCUACAUCUGUGAAGAGAAGUUCAAGAUUUCGCGGUGUCAGCAGGCAUAGAUGGACACGCCGGUUUGAAGCACACUUGUGGGAUAAACUUUCCUGGAAUGUGACACAGAAGAAGAAAGGGAAACAAGGUCGACAGCUUUCACUGCUCUUUAUUUAUUUCAAAAUUUUUCAACCAAUGCUAGUGCCUAAUAAGGAUAUUUUUAUUUUCUUCCUUUGUGAACUUUGGCAUGGACAUCUGGGACUGGACAGUUUAUCUGGAGAAAUUAAUACAGCCCUUGUUUCUCCCCAUUCUUCAGGAGCAUAUGAUGACGAAGAAUCUGCAGCGAGAGCCUAUGAUUUAGCUGCACUUAAGUACUGGGGGACAUCAACAUUCACCAACUUCCCGAUCUCUGAUUAUGAGAAAGAAAUUGAAAUAAUGCAGACCAUAACAAAAGAAGAGUACCUAGCCUCACUAAGAAGAAAGAGCAGUGGCUUUUCGAGAGGGGUAUCCAAGUACAGGGGUGUUGCAAGGCACCAUCACAAUGGGAGAUGGGAAGCAAGGAUAGGGAGAGUUUUUGGGAAUAAAUAUCUCUAUCUUGGCACUUACAGUACCCAAGAGGACGCUGCUCGUGCAUAUGACGUUGCAGCGAUAGAGUACAGAGGAAUCAACGCUGUGACCAACUUUGACUUGAGUACCUAUAUCAAAUGGUUGAAGCCAGAAAAAACCUCUCCAGUUUCUGUUCAGGAACCACAGACCAACAUAGAAUCUAAGGCAUUGCCAUCGCCUAAUUUCAAUUCUGGUGAAGAAUUCCAACCCUUCUUCCACACUAACACAUUAAAUGUAGAUGAACACAUUUCUCCACUAAAGCAAGAAUUAUUCCAAGGUAAAUUCACUGCUAGUUCAUGCAACAAAUCUUCCGCCCCAACAGCACUUGGACUACUCCUUCGGUCUUCAAUGUUUAGAGAACUGGUCCAGAAGAACUUAAGUAUCUCUCAAGAAGAAAAUGAUCCUGAAGACACAAAGAACCAAGCACAGCUGGGUAGUGAUGAUGAGUAUGCUAAGAUAUUUUAUGAAGGAACUGGUGAUAUCCCAUAUGUGCUCUCUUCCAACACUCAUGGUAUUGAGUUGCAAGGAGACUUCCACUUCAGUUAUAAUCGGCAAAGUAAUUCGCUUGGAACAACAUUAUAA